UGCGCGCCAGCCGCCAGGACAGGACAGCAGGAGCUCGGUGGCUGCAGUGUGUGGCUCGCAGGACACAUACGCCCUGCCGUGUUCGUUGUCAGUUGAAGGAACACUAGGUGUCCGUGGGCCUUGCCAUCGUGACAGUCACAAGCGCAUUCCCCGAUCUUAAACGCGCUGGGUCCACACCUACGCGUCAUCAGCUUCGUACUUAACACCCCGUUGAAACUUCCCGCCACAGCCUCGGGCAUGAGACUCCACACGCUGCUCAGCGUGUUGGCGGUGCUGGCGGCGGCGAGGCAGGCGGCGUGCUGGCGUGAAGGGGGCUCUUCCACUCUUGAGGUGCUGCAGCGGCUGGCAGGUGGCGGCGGCGGGUCAGUCAUGGUGCAGCAGGAUGUACCUCGGAAGGGAGAGUCACCCAUCUACUACCUGCAGCUGCCCCCCUCCCCUUACUACUAUGCCGACGACUCCGCCUCCGCCUCUGUCCCCCUCCCGGCCCACCACAAGGUGGACAUCGAGUUCCUCAUCAACGGCCGCCCAGGUAAAGUCUACCACUAUAGCUCCCCCUUGACCUCCCUACACAGCCAUUACCAACCACAGCCUCCACCUCGGCCAUCACCACCACCACAACCAUCACCACCUCCAGCACCACCGCUACUCACCACCACCUCACCCCCUCUGUCAACGUCCCCUGCAGGCCCUACACCCAGCAAGCCUCCUCUCCCACCGUCGCCACAGAAGCCCUACAGACGCUCGCAGCUCGUGCUAAAGAAGAAGUUUGCUUUUAAUGGCAAACCGACGAAGGUGUACGUGUGGAGGAACGGCUCCCCCCUCACCGUCAAAAACCACAGAAGAGCCCGCCAGCCCUUCAGGUUCUGAGGUGUCGCGACCAUCCUGUUAUAUUAGUAUGUUGAUAAGAAAAUAUCAAACUAACCUACAUAAUAAUGAAAUAUCUCCUUGGUUGAUUAUGCGGCCACCGGCAAGAGCCACGGAAGAGCCCGGCAGCCCUUGUGGUUUUGAGGUGCUGCGGUCUUUGCUUCAUACUGCUGUGUAAAGAACCUCAAUAGCGAAGAAUUCUGCGCACUAAUGAAAAAAUCUCUUCUUGACUAUAUAUGACGAUCACACCGGAGUAGUUUACAUGAAUAAGAAAUGUAUGUAUGGUAGCCUUUUUAAUCUAUAUAUGAAGACAAUGCCGAAGUAAGUAGCGUCACAAUGAAAACUGUUCUUGGUUAGAUGAGCAGGCUUUGUCUUUUAUGAAGAUGUAUGAUAUAAUGCUAAAAUUCUCUACAUAUGAUGAAAACCUCAAAAGUUGCUUGAGCAGUCAUUUGUUUUUCUUAUCGGAAAUACGUGUUUACUAAUAUGGCCGCCUGGGUAUAUCACUAAGGCAGGGAUGGAAGCGAGGCUAAAAACCCUGCCACGUGUCCAGCAUUAAUUUGUCCUGGAGAGAAACGUGGGUGGACUGAAGAAAGGCAAAGGUCCCUGGCAUCCGCCCAGGGAUACUGUCCCUCCCUCAUCGCUGCUGCGUCACGCCUGUCAACACGCGGCUGAUGAAUGACAUGCAAAUCAAGGCACACACAGUAGAACAGGCCGCAAGGAAACAAGCUCCCAAACAAAGCCCUCCACGUAGCCAAACACCGCCUGACCCUCCUGCCAAAGGUUCACCGUACACGAGACCUACCCAUUAUGCGCGCGAGCUGUCCACCCUUCGUACAAAUUCUUCGUAAGACAAAGCAUUUAACUACCCCCUUUCACCCACACUUCGAGCAGCCAGAAGCCCCGGGAAGCUGAGAGCCCCGCCCCUCCAGCUAGCCCGGACCACGGCCUCUGCCUUCCCGGGGUACAGGCGCGACUAUAAACAAGGCAGUGAAGUGAGUCAUGUCUUCCGGCAAGCUCCGAGCCUCAGGUUAUUGCCGGCAUUAGGUGAUUGAGGCAGGUAUGAUAAAUACAUAAAUUAUGGUAUAAUUAUAGAGUUUGUUUGAUACUUCCUGAAUACUUGAGUUAUAAAUAUGUAUAUUCGACUUGAGAUUUUCCUAUGUCUAAGACUUUUAUUUAUAGCUUUUCCCGACAUGAUUUUAACUUAUAUAUCUUUCAGGAGGUUUCUAAUCAA